AUUCAGGUGGGUGGCACAUUGCAGUGACAGGGCUCCAGCGAGGAGGAGGGAGGAUGGAGAAAGAGGAGGAGGAGGUGGUGGGAAGCUGCUGAAAGCCAAGGAGAGUGGAGUGUGUGUGCUUACAAAUGCGACGUGAGAGGGGGAAGAAUGAUGGUCCCUCCCUGCUGCCUCCAGAUAAGUAGCUGAAGGAGAGAGAGCGGGAGAGAGGGGAAAAUUGGCUGGCCAUCAUCUCUGAGAACAGAAAUAAAGUGUGUGUGUGGGGAGGUGGGGUGUGGGGGGCAUAGAGCAGAAACUCCUCAGCUUUGGCUGGUCCAUUACGCCGGCUGCAGUGGAAACCGCAGCUCCCCAUUGUCUGUCAGCUCCGGGGCUCCGUCUGAACCUGAUGUGUGCAUGUCUGUGUCAGGGAGCAGACAGGCAAAUGACAGCGGCGCUAGGAGACCAGAGGAGAGUCCAAGGGAACGACUUUGAGAGGAAACCUCAAAAAUGCAGCAGAGUGAAAAAAUAAAUCACUUUGGGAGGAAGAAAAGGAGAAAUUCCGAUUAAAGGAGCAAGCUCCACCCAGCACAUUAUGACCUCUUCUACAGGGAAGGCCGAGCUGUACAGCCUUCAACAGGAACAAUAACGCUGCUGGGAACACCCGUGAAUGGUGGAAGAGGCUUGGGGCAGGGGUUUUCUGUGUGGGGGGCGGUCCUAUUUCCACCUCUCUUUCUCCCCGUGCCAAGUUCUGGAUGUGCCCUGUGAAAGUUUUUGCCCUGGAAGGAAGUUGGUCUUGCCAGUUGAAAAUGAGACACUUUCAAAUGAACUUGCUUCUCAUCUGUGUGGCAACUGCCACAGCCAUCCCCAUAGUGCCCUGGAAGGUGAAAUGCCCACUGCAGUGUGUGUGUCAGAUCAGACCCUGGUACACACCCAGGUCUGUGUACAGGGAGGCCGCUACCGUGGACUGCAAUGACUUGCUCAUCUCCACAGUGCCCGAGCGCUUGCCAGAGGGGACACAGACCCUGCUUUUACAAAGCAACCACAUCGCCAGGGUGGACCAGAGUGAGCUGGACUAUCUGAAAAACUUGACAGAGCUCGACCUGUCACAGAACAGCUUCUCCGACAUCUGGGACUUCAGUCUGAAGAACAUGCCCCAGAUGCUGAGCCUCCACCUUGAAGAGAACCAGCUGGCCGAGUUGUCCGAUAACAGCUUCUCUGGCCUGGCCAACCUCCAGGAGCUGUAUCUGAACCACAACCAGCUGCGUAGGAUUUCCCCACGGGCCUUUUCAGGUCUCAGUAACCUCCUUCGGCUCCACCUCAACUCUAAUCUCUUGAGGACAGUUGACAGCCGCUGGUUCCAGGUGCUCCCCAACCUGGAGAUCCUCAUGAUCGGAGGCAACAAGGUGGAUGCUAUCUUGGAUAUGAACUUCAGGCCUCUGUUAAACCUGAGGAGCUUGGUUCUGGCUGGGAUGAACCUGAGGGAGAUUUCAGAUUUUGCCCUGGAAGGGCUGAGAAGCCUGGAGAGUCUGUCUUUCUACGACAACAAGCUGGUGAAUGUCCCCAAGCGGGCACUGCAGCAAGUCCCUGGCCUUAAGUUCCUGGAUCUGAACAAAAACCCUUUGCAGAGGAUCAGGCAAAGUGACUUCACGAAUAUGCUACACCUCAAGGAGCUGGGACUUAACAACAUGGAGGAGCUGGUUUCCAUAGACAAGUUUGCCUUGAUCAACCUCCCCGAGCUGACCAAACUGGACGUGACCAACAAUCCCAAGCUGUCUUUCAUCCACCCCAGAGCUUUCCAUCACCUGCCCCAAAUGGAGACCCUGAUGCUCAACAACAACGCCCUAAGUGCCUUGCAUAAGCAGACGGUAGAGUCCCUGCCCAACCUACAGGAGAUCAGCAUCCACAGCAACCCUAUCCGCUGUGACUGCGUCAUCCGCUGGGUCAACAGCACCGAGAACCAUAUCCGCUUCAUCGAGCCCCAGUCCACGCUGUGCGCUGAUCCCCCAGACCUGAAGAGGAGGCACAUCCGGGAUGUCCCCUUCCGGGAAAUGACUGACCGGUGCCUGCCUCUCAUCUCCACCAAGAGUUUCCCCUCCCACUUGGAGGUGGCAGACAGUGAGAACAUCUCACUACAUUGUAGGGCCCUGGCGGAACCGGAACCAGAGAUCUACUGGGUCACACCGUCUGGGGUCAAGCUGAUCCCUUACUUGGAGGACGGGAGGUACAAGGUGCACCCUGAAGGGACGCUGGAAAUUCACAAGAUAACUGCACAGGAGGCCGGGCUCUAUACCUGCGUGGCCCAUAACCUCAUCGGUGCCGACACCAAGAGUGUCAGCCUGAUGGUCAACAGCUCCUUCCCUCUCAGCGUCGACAACCUGGAGCUCCUGGUGAAGGAAGUCCAGGCUUACCAUAUCCUUGUCACCUGGAAGCCCCACCUCAACACGGUCUCCUCCAAUCUCACCUGGUCCAGCUUCUCCUUCAGCUCCAGUUUGGAUGUGACCAACAUGGCCAGGAUCCCUGCGGGCACCCACCUGUAUAACAUCACCCGGCUCCACCAGGGCACAGAGUACUGGGCCUGCCUUCAUGUGGCCUUCCUAAACUUGCAGUCCAAGGUGGCCUGUGUGAAUGCCAGGACUAAAGAGGCUGGCUAUGGCUACCGGUACCUGGAGAGCAGGCAGAGUGUCUUGACAGUGCUGGCCCUCUGCAUCUUACUGCUCUCAGCCAUCCUGGUUGGCCACUAUGGCUUUGGUUCCUACAGGCCGCAGCCUGGGAGCCCUGGGAAGCUGCUCCUGCACUGCCUGCCAUGGAACCCAGGCUCCUCUUCAGUGCGCGUGGUCUACCCUCCUUUCGUCAAACACUGGGAUCAAGGGAGGCCUGGGGAGAAGCUCCUAGCCGUGGAGGUGCAAGCAACGCCGCUGGACUCUUGAAGGUCGACUCUUUGGAGGGGCGUGGAGUUGUGGUGGCGGUUUCGGGGGUCGGGGAGAAGGCAAGUGAAACUAUUUUUUGCCAAAAAUAAAAAGAAGACUUGACUGACAAACAAAGCAGCGUGGCAAGUGGAGAGGGACAUGGCCAACAUCCAGGCCUUGCGGUGCCCCUCUGCCCCCAUGCCCCACCCAAAUCACCCAUCAACAUUUGGCCAAACAGAUUGUUUCUCUUACAGACAACCUGCUGUUACUGGGGGAAAGGUUCUUGAGUGAAUCUUCAGCACAGACAGGGACAAUGAAAGGCAAUGCCCAGAGCAGAGAGCACGAGCAAGAACAGCCAUACUGUAGAACCACAGAUGAAACCAAGCCCCCAGCAGCCCAGCUGUUAGUCUGCUAUCUGGGUGGUCCCUGUCUUAGAAAUACACAAAGGCCUUUCCCUUUGGGACUUUUUUUGUGUGUACAGCCAUAGGUAACCACAACUCAAACCUGCCAGCCCCCUUAUUCGCUCACCCACAACCACCUCAAGGAACAGAGUGGGGAGGGGGGGAAGAUGACAGUUGGGCUAAGAAAACAAGGAUGCUGCUGUAUCUCUUAACUGGCUAGUGACGUCUUCGUGACUCCGGCUGGAUUCUGCCGUGAAAAGCCGAUUGGAUCCCAUAAUCCCAGAGCUUGAUUUCAAGGCUAUUUUGUAAACUUUUGUGGAUAAUGUUACAAAAAAAAAAAAGAGGAAAUUCUUGCUUUUCUGUUUUUGUAAAAAAAAAAGAAACAAAAAACCUUUGUACACUGGUCUAUAGCGUGAAGGGUUCGUGCUAGAAAAACAUUGUUGCAGAGACAAAGGGGGGAGCGGGGAGGUGUGGAAAGGUGAAAUCUUUGAUGUGACAGAGGUUCCAGGAACAGAGUGUCUUACUUCCAAAUAGCUGCACUUUGCUCUCUGCACAUGUCCCACUGCAUAACUUGAAACAUCCCAGGAGAUGAAAGUGAGAAGAGGCUUUAUGGGUGCGAGGGGAAUAAAUAUUCUGGUCUCCAAUGCUGUCAUCACCUCUCUUUCUCUGAUAAGCAAUUAAAAUUGCAAAUGAAACAUACCGGUGGACAGCAUGAGUCUCUCCCCCUGCCCCUUCUGUUUCUAAUUAUGCCAAACCAAGGGAUGAUGCUGUCUGUAGAAUUUCAAAUCAGUGAGCUUGGGAGAGUCAGCUUCCCUUUGCUAGUGGUGUAUGGAUGUUUUUAUUUUAAAAACUCAUUUGUUUACUUUUAAAUUUCUAAGAAGCCUUUAAUUGGGUGGGAGGGGGAACCACAUGGAAAGAGAAAGGAAGGACAGGUGAGUUGGCUGAGGGAGAAAGAGAUGGAUAGCUAGAAAGAGAGUGAUAGAAAGAAGCCACCAGAAAAGGGUCAGUGUAAAUACAUGACAAAACAAUUUUGCCGCCAGGAAGUAUAAUGUUCAUGGUUAUGACCGUUGCUUUAUCUUUCAAAAUCUGGGCAAGAUGGUGGUUGUAAGGAGACAGAAGACAAAUGAGUUGGCUAUCUGAGAUCUGAGACCAGCGCCGAUGGUGCCCUGGUGUACUGAGAGUUCCAGGUUAAAAGGCAUGGGGAGAUGAGGAGCAAUUUUAACGAGACACAUGCAUGGGCUGAUCCGAUGCGCCCUCAUCACCAUCUCCGUAAUGACCUGCCAUCAUCCGUGCUCUGACAGCAGCAAAUUCAGGUAGGACCAAAGCCUUUUGAAAUCCAUGGGUUGUGGAGCAGGCCCUAAGACCAGUCACUCCACAUAAUACUCCCUGCUCCACAUAAUGCUCCCCAUCCACUGUGGGGCACAUGGUGCCCAUUGCAAACAUUAAGAAAAGCUCUACCAUAAUCAUGUACAGUUUUUUGACAUGGUACAAUGGUAUAGAGAGAAAAAUCUCCAUCUAGAUCUAGCAGAUGUGUAUCCACAUAAAAAAAUCGCUGCAUAAUUUGGCAUGGUUGGCAACCUUUUCUUAGGAAAAGGCCAGGUCUGGAAUAGCAGGGAAUGCUGGAGGUCAAGAGCAGGGCGCACUGGCAGAAUAGUGUGUGUGUGAGAACCCUGCACUAAUAACAGCAAGCUACAGGUCAGGACUGAAGGCAUCAAAAGAGCUUUGCAGAGGAAAGUUGCCUAGCCCCUGGCGGUGCUAUAGCCGUCUCUUGCUAGGAUAAUAAUUCCCUUUCUUUCCUCCAGAACCAAAUCUGUUCCCUCAAUUAUAAGGGACAGUGCCAGAGGGAAAAUUUCAGCCAGGUUAGCUGUAAUCACCUGAAACAAAACGUGAUGUACCAGCAAAUAAACAAGACCCAGAGACCAAAGUGUACACAGCUAAGCUUUGCUAGAGCGUCUGUAAACAUAAUCAUGCCUUCCCCCCCUUUGGGAGGGGCUCUGAGUUGAUCAGAGAGAAGAAAUAAAACAAAGAUGAAGAGAGAUUCCCCUCCUGGUUCUUCUGAGCCCAGCCUAGGGAUAAUGGCAGACAGAUACCUUUUGCAUUGGGGAGGGGAGGAGUGGGGGGGGGUGUCUGAGAGAGGCUUUAAUUAAAAAUUUAAAUGGCCUGGGAUGUGAAGUCCCAGCCUCUACAGUUUGCUAGCCCUGUUGAGGUGAACAGCAAGGAGAGCAAUGAAAAGAAGCCACUAUGAGUGUGUGUGUGUCUUGUUCUCUUUCACUCACACACACAGCUGACCCCUCUACUCCGCAAGCACCAUCGGUGACGGUCGAUUUUGGGGGAUGCACAACCAUUGCUGAGUAAGCCCUGGCUAAUUUGCAUGGACAUCUUCAUGAAUGUUAAGAUGCACAAAUCAAUGAGGGCACCGUGCCCUGCUUGCCUUGAUAAAGGAGCAGACAUUGCUUGUUCCUGCAGGUUCACCAGCAACACAUGUCAGCAGCCCUUCCAGCUCUGUCCUUGCCCUGCAGUUACAGGGAGGCUGUUGGAUGCCUUAAGCCACCUGUUUAAAGCCAUCCCUGCUUUAGAAUACCCUGAUAUUCUGUUCUCUCUCUCCCCCCAACCCCCUCAUUCACAGGAAAGAAGCCACUCAAAUGGAGCUGUCAAGACACUACCAUCAUCUCUUGAUGCAAAACCCAUCACCCCGUAACUGGCGCUAACUGGCCACCUUAGCAGAGACACCAAGGAUUGACUGGGCCAUAGAGCCUGAACUUUCCUCUCAAGUCCAGAGGAGGUUGCUCCAGGCUGGGGAUGAGGUGUGUUGGUGAAGUAGGCAGGGGGAGCUUGCACUCUUCAUGGUUGCUGAACUAUUCCUUGGAUAAACAGCAGCUGGAAAAUGACUCCCCUUUAAAAAAUGGACAUGCCGCUCUCCCAGUCAGAACUUGGGAGAAACGCACAA